AUGCCCAAAUAUCCAUCUGAGCAAUUCCGACCGGGCCAGCCUACACCUACGGGACGCCCACAACGCCCAGCUCCGUCAUCUCUGAAGGGACACCCCGAUAUCCGGUCUACGAAGGAGUAUAAGCUUGCAGCACGAAGAUGGACAUCGACUAUUGUUGCUUUACCGAUCGUAUUGGUCACAUCAUACAUGAUUUAUGAGCGUGUUUAUGGAGACAAAGUACAGAAAAAAUUUGCUCGACCAGAGAAUAAGGAUAAUUAG